UCAUGCAACCAGUGAUAAACACACCUCGGCCACGGCUUCAUGUCAGACAUGCUGCGCGCUUAAAUUACCGUCGAAAACCCAUAACUACCUCAUGCAUCUUUGCCUGUCACCGACACAAUACAAAUGUCAGCCGUCGCCGCACGAGGAGCGGCGAUUUUAUCAUAUAAUAGAAAAUGACUGAAGGUCUCCGACAACAACAUGAGAAGCCGUUUUUCAUUUAGUGAUGUGAAUGCUGACAACGCGCGCCAAUUUCAGCCACAGUAUGGGUGGCGAAUGGCGAUUGUGAAUCAACAUCAAAUGAGCCGUUCACGUAAACCAAAAAUGUGUGUGCGCGUGUGGUUAGAGGUCGGUCAUGCGUGUGAGCCGCGUCGCGCCGCAUCGGGUCGCGCGUUGGCACUCGACUGGAGCGUGUACGUGCGCGGCGCGCGCGGCGCCGACAUUAGCGCCUUUGUGCACAAGGUCGUCUUCCACCUCUACCCGGCUAGCGCCUUCGUCUAUCCUAAGAGAGUACUUCAAGAGCCGCCGUAUGAGAUCCAGGAGUCGGGCUGCUCCUCCAUUGAUAUCCCGAUACACGUGUACCUAAAGUACAGCACUAAACCAAAGAGAAUACGCCUCAGAUACAGUUUGCACAUAGAAAAUAACAACGAGGCUAGUUCGGAGUCGAGGUGCCUUUAUUACGACGUAAACAACCCCUCGGAGCAGCUAUACAACGCCUUAAUGAAGGGCGGCGGUGAGGUAAUCGCGCGAACCAGCUCCGCAGAUGCCAGCCACAAGCUUCUUGUGUUGCUCGAUGAAGAGAAGAAAGACUUGAAAAUACCACGCUCUAAAAGGUACAAGUUUGUGGAGCCACUUCGAUGUAAACACGCGCCAAAAACCAAAUACAUUCUUGAAGAAAUAUGUCCUAAAUGUGGCGAUUCAAUUAAUGCGGGUUUCAGGAAACAGUUGCGUGCUGUUGAUAUGACACAAGACGAAAUUGAACGAGUCUCGCACUUGUAUUUGUCAUUCAAUAGUUACGAGAAGUCCUUGAAUGCGAUUAAGUUGCCGUCGUUUUCCGAUCCAAUUUAUAGAGUGCCAGAACUACCGAUAUCCCUACGCGGUGCUCUCCGAGAUGUGAAAACGGAUUAUACGGUGUUAUGACGUGCCUCGCUUUCGACAUAUUUGUGCCAUUGGAAUAUAAAUAUUUUAUUUUUUCACUUUGUAUGUGCAAAUUUGAGAAACUAUUCUUAAACUAGAAUUUAUUUACACGUUUUAAUGUUACCCUUGUGGAUAUAGAAUAUAUAUUUUUUACUUUAACUAGGACCUAACAUACGAAAUAUUGUUUGUUAAAUAAUUUUUAAAGCGUGCUGUGAUGAAGAUCUCAGAAUUAUUUACUUGAUAAAUAGUUUAUUUUUAAUUAACAUUAUAUUGUAAUAUUAUGAAGUUCUUAAUAUAAAUAAACUCAAGAAAAUUUAUUGUGUACUGCUAAAUCUAACGAAUACCUACUGAAAUAUUUUUGUGCUCAAAAGUCAAAUUAUUAUUUAUUGUAAAUAAAAUAUUAUACAUUCUACAAUUAUUACAGGGUACUUUUACGUAAAUUUUAAGGGUAAAACUAAAUGCUUUUUGUUUUUAUGGUUAGGAUUUUGUUUUUGUUUUUAGAAAAUUAUCAUUUCGAAAAUAAUGUAUGGUUACGAUAAUUUGGAAAGUUAAAUGUUUAAGUUAAAAUUUUUGUAGUCCUUAGUUAUAAGAUCUGUUGUUUUAUUUAUUUUACCAGAGACUCCAAU